AUGAUCUGGCUUUCUCUUCGAAGAGCCUGGCCGGUGGCAGCGUUCAGAUACAAAGCCUUCAUCAGCUACAGCCACCAGGAUGAAACCUGGGCGGAUUGGUUGCAUGCCCAGCUUGAAGGGUUUGAGCCGCCAUCUGGGCUGCCGCGCCUUUUACCAAUUUUCCAGGAUAAACAAGAGCUUGCGGCGGCAAGUGGGCUAAGUGCAAGCAUUGAUGCUGCUCUUGCAGAUGCAGAAUUUCUGGUCGUGGUGUGUUCACCGGCUGCGGUGGCGUCGCGCUGGGUGACCGCAGAGAUAGAGCGAUUUAUUAACCUCGGUCGGCAGGAUCAGAUCAUCUGCCUCAUUGUGGAUGGCGUUCCUGGUUCGCCGGAUGCGGAAUGUUUUCCUGCACCGCUGCAAAAUCGGGAACCGCUGGCCGCAGAUGUGCGUGCCGAAGGACAUACCCGGAAUCAUGCGCUGUUGCGGCUGAUUGCGGCUUUGCUGGGUAUUCAAUUCAACGAUCUGAGAAAGCGUGACACCUCUAUUGCGGUGCUACCCUUUCGUGAUCUUUCUGCGGACGGUGCUCAGCAACAUCUGUGUGAUGGCCUGGCCGAGGCGCUGUCUGAUGAGUUGUCUCAACUCAAAGAUCUGCGAGUGAUUUCCAGAACGUCAGCCUCUGCUUUCCGACAGAGCACCCUCAGCGCCGCGGAGAUUGGCGCGCAAUUGGAUGCAACCUACGUGGUUGAGGGUUCCAUUCAGGUUGCGGGUAGUACUCUGCGCGCAAGGCUGCAGCUGGUUGAUGUCAGAACAGACUCGAUAAAAGCGUCUAGCACGUUCAACAGCAGCCUCAGUGAGAUCUUUGCGCUCCAGGACAAAAUUGCGAGCGCGGUUGCCGGCGAGUUGCAUGAGACCCUGCAGCAUCGGGCGCGCCUGCCUGGUGCGGUAAAUAGCGAAGCCUAUCAACUGCUGUUGCGCGCGAAGCAUCUCGCCAGCCAGUUCAAUCAAUCCGCACUGCAGCGCUCAAACGAAUUAUUGCGUCAGGCGCUGGCGCUCGAGCCAGACUAUGCAGAUGCCUUGAAUGCCCUGGCAGGCAACUACUGUACCCAGGUCGGUGAGGGGUUUGUUGAACAUGACCUGGUGCCGGAUGCCAAGCAGAUCAGCCAGCGCAUACUUGAAACGGACCCGCACAAUACCGAUGCGCUUUCUGGGCUGGGCUGGAUUGCACUGCGCUUUGAAAACAAUCUCCCCGCUGCCGCACAACACCUGCAACAUGCGGUAGUGCUUGGUUCGCGAACGAGCCACGUGCUUAAUUCGGUGGGUGGGCUGUUGAUUCGAAUGCGGCGUAUGGAUGAGGCCAUCCGCGUUGCCAGACAUGUUGCCAGUCUGGAUCCUUUAAAUGCACAUGCGCACGCCAACCUUGGUGUCUACUCGUUAUUUGCCCGGCGCUAUACGCAAGCGAUAGACGCGUACUCUACUGCUUUAGAAAUCAGCCCCGGUUUUGUCGGCGCUCACUUUGCGAUUGGAUUAGCGCACUUGCUCGAUGGUGAUAUAGAGGCAGCAUCGAUUUCAAUGCAGGCUGAGGCAGAUGAAGAAUUUCGUGUGAAAGGCACAGCCUUUAUCUGUUGGGACAAAGGUGAUGUUGCGGGUUUUCGCGAUGCGUUAGCCACCCUUAUAGAGAAGUGGGGCAGCGUGUGGCCUUCGGAAGUUGCAGAAGUCUACGCUUAUGCCGGUAUGGCGGAUGAGGCUUUUACGUGGAUAGAAAAGGAUACUGAUCAGGAUCUUGGUGCUGGAUGGGCAGAAAGUGUGGUCAACCCCGUUUUUCAUAAACUCGAGCAGGACCCCCGCUGGCUCCAGUUGUUAGAGAAGCUGGGACUUGAGAGCAUUGUUUUGAUAGAUCUGUAUUACUGCCCGACCCCAAACUGCCAGAAGGUGUCGAUUGCCAUGGAGGAGUUGGGUAUCGACUAUCAGGUUCACCCCAUCGAUAUUGUUGCCGGCGAUCAGAACGAGCCUGAUUUUGUGCAGAUCUGUCCGAAUCGUAAGGUGCCGGUUAUUGUGGAUCCCGAUGGCCCUGGUGGAGAACCUUUCACGUUGUGGGAGUCGGCAGCGAUUCUGUUAUAUCUGGCAGAGAAAAAGACCGGGCUGUGGCCUGAAGAUCCUGCUCAGCGCGCACUUGGUCAUCAAUGGCUGUUCUGGCAGAUGAGUUAUGUUGGGCCGAUGAUGGGCCAGCUGCAUCAUUUUGUGCGUUACGCACCUGACCAGCUACCUUAUCCGAUUGAACGUUACACGCUCGAGGUUGAGCGGCUGCGACGUCUGCUCAAUACCCAUCUCGAAGGUCGGGAAUACAUUCUUGAUGAGUAUUCCCUGAUCACGCGCCUUACCCGCAUUUACAUGCCUGGAUGGAUCGCGUGUAUGAGCGGCCAGCGGUAA